AUGUCCUAUUACUCCGCAAGUCCUGGCCUUUCUAACAAUAAUAUCACCACUCGAACCAAUGGAAUUAAUAAUACUCCUAUUCCGAUAACAAAUGAUAAUAUUAUUAAAAAUUCAUCUGAGAAAGGACCAAUGCCAACUACUUUUAAUAAUGCAGAUAUCAAUGUUGGCACCAAUGUCUCCUCAUUAGACACAAAAUUAUUAGAUAACUUUAAUAAGGACGAUAUUCCAUCCCCCCCUUUAUCACCCAAACUGUCAGCUUCUAAAACACAUCCUGAUACGGUCAAUUCUUCCCCUUCUGUUACUGAUCCAAAUACAAUUAAUUGCACCGGUACAACUCCGACUUUUUUAAGUAGCAGUGAUAGAAAUAUUACUAAUGGUACAAGCAUUAAUAAAAUAACCAAGCCGCUUGUUUUAAAUCCAGAUUGGAGCCGUAAAAAUUAUACCAGUUCUUUAAUGACAUUUCUAUCGCAUUACAGAUGUUUUGAAAAUAAAUACCAUCAUCCUACUUCUACUUUAACCAACAGCGCUGCUAGUAAUGCCGGCUUAACGUAUAAACGUGCUAAUACUUCAAGAAAAGCUUAUGCAUCCGAUCCAGAACUUACUUCUAGAGUAUAUCGUACACGUUUAAGAACUGGUAACACCAAGAAUUCUGGCGAUAUAAAUGGUACUAGUGCUCCCCAGACACCUGUUGCAUCUCCUGAAUUGAAGAGGGCCACUCUAUCCCCACCCUUUAGUGCAUCUUCAUCGCGUCAUCAUUUCCCUACUAUUCAUGCCAAGGGUAACGCUACGCUUACCGCCUUGUUAGGAUCUAAUCAUGAACCGAAUAUGGGUUGGGAAAAAUUGCCUGAUUAUUCUCCCAGCACCAAAAACUUGAAGGAAAGUAACAAAAAUGCAUUAAAAGUUGAAUGGAAAGGUUCAUCUAUGGAUUUACGAAAUGAUCCAUUGAGAAAUAAGUUGCAUCCUGCUGAACUAGUAUUAGCUCAAAUACUAAGAUUACCUUGCGAUUUAUACUUGGAUUCUAAAAGACGGUUAUUUAUUGAAAAGGUGCAUAGAUUGAAAAACGGGUUGCCAUUUAGAAGAACAGAUGCUCAAAAAGCCUGCAGGAUUGAUGUUAACAAGGCUAGUAGAUUAUAUGCUGCUUACGAAAAAGUUGGUUGGUUAAAAGAUGAGAAUUUUACUAAAUAUCUUUCAUUAAAGAAGUGA